AUGUCGCCGAAUGCGUCCAUGCCGCCCCUCCAGAUCCCCGCCGACGUCCCCUCGCCCGAGGACGACGACAAGACGCAAGAUGCUGCCGCCGACGCCCUCCACCCCGUCGUCUCGCGCUCGCGCACCAUGACCACCACGGCCGAGAUUGACAGCACAAUCACCAAGCCCGGCAGCGUCAAGAUCAACGUCACCGGCGCCUUCAUCGUCGACCCGGACUCGUCCACGCCCAAAAACGGCCGCGGCUCCCCGACAGCAUCAACGACGACGACACACCACGAGACGAGCGACAUUCGGCUCCCCAACCACACGGCCGUCGUCAGCCACAUUGCCGUGGAUAUCGGCGGCUCCCUCAUCAAGCUCGUCUACUUUUCCCGCGAGGUCGACAUCCACACCGACCCCGGCGGUCGCCUCACCUUUCAGACGUUUGAGACGGAUCGCAUCGACGACUGCGUCGAGUUUAUGCGUGACCUGCGCGACAGGCAGCUGAAGCUCACCGGCUCCCGCCCUAGCGACCUGGCCGUCAUGGCCACGGGCGGCGGCGCCUACAAGUUUUACGAUAAGAUUCGCGAUGCGCUCGGCGUCGACGUGUCGCGCGAAGAUGAGAUGGAAUGUCUAAUAAUCGGCCUCGACUUCUUCAUCACCGAGAUCCCCCGCGAAGUCUUUACCUACUCCGAGACCGACCCCAUGCACUUUGUCGGCCCACGCGAGGCCAUCUACCCAUACCUGCUCGUCAACAUUGGCUCCGGCGUGUCCAUGCUCAAGGUCACCGGCCCCCGCACGUUUGAGCGCGUCGGCGGCACCUCGCUCGGCGGCGGCACCCUCUGGGGCCUCCUGUCCCUGCUGACGGGCGCCCGCACCUUUGACGAGAUGCUCGAGCAGGCAGGCCGCGGCGACAACACCCACGUCGACAUGCUCGUCGGCGACAUUUACGGCCAGGACUACGGCAAGAUUGGCCUCAAGAGCACCACCAUUGCCUCGUCCUUUGGCCGCGUCUUCAAGAUGAAAAAGGACGCCGAGGCCGCCGCGCUCGCGCAGGGCCAGCAGGUCGACGGCCAGGCGCUCCCGCGCGGGCCGGGCUUCAACGACGGCGACAUUGCCCGCUCGCUGCUCUACGCCGUCUCCAACAACAUUGGCCAGAUUGCCCUGCUGCAGUCGCAGAUCCACAACCUCUCGGACAUUUACUUUGGCGGAUCCUUUAUCCGCGGCCACCGCCAGACCAUGAACACGCUGAGCUACGCCAUCAAGUUCUGGAGCAAGGGCGCCAAGCACGCGUACUUUCUGCGCCACGAGGGCUAUCUGGGUGCCGUCGGCGCGUUCCUCAAGCGCCAGCCCAAGAACUGGGGCCGCAGGGGCAGCCUGGACAAUGCCGGCCCGGGGCUGGACGAGCUGCAGGAGUGGCGGAAGCAGCGUGCCAAGGAGGAGGCGGCGGCGUCGACAACAGGGACGGAAAUGUAA